AUGGCUCCCGUGCUCCCGAAGCGUCGGCGAACCGGAGCCGAGUCUCCGGCGGGCGCCGCUACCAGCGGCGCUCCGCUCCCGGCGCGGUUCCCUGGCGUCGCCAUCUACCUGGCCGAGCCGCGGAUGGGCCGCAGCCGCCGAGCCUUCCUCACCCGCCUGGCACGCUCCAAAGGCUUCCGCGUCCUCGACGAGUACAGCUCCGAGGUGACGCACGUGGUGAAGGAACAGACCGCGGCAGGGGAGGCUGUCUGCUGGCAGGAGCACAUGGAGCCGACUGCGCCCUCAGGCUGUGCUGUCUCAGCACUGCUAAAUAUGAGCUGGUUCACAGAGAGCAUGGCAGCUGGGCACCCUGUGCCCGUGGAGUGCCGACACCGCCUGGAGGUGGCCAAGCCCAGGAAGGAGACUCCUAGCCUAGCAUGGAUGCCACCCUAUGCCUGCCAGCGUGCCACACUCCUUACCCACCACAACUCCAUGCUCUCGGAUGCUCUGGAGACACUGGCAGAGGCAGCAGGUUUUGAAGGCAGCGAGGGCCGACUCCUCUCCUUCAGAAGAGCAGCCUCUGUGCUGAAGGCCCUGCCGGGCCCCGUCAUAGCCAUGAAGCAGUUGCAAGGUCUCCCUCACUUUGGAAAACACGCUUCCAGGGUCAUCCAGGAGAUGUUGGAGCAUGGAGUGUGUGAGGAGGUGGAGAGAGUGCGAUGCUCAGAGAGGUACCAGACCAUGAAGCUCUUCACUCAGAUCUUUGGCGUUGGGGUGAAGACUGCUGACCGGUGGUACCGGGAAGGGCUGCGGACCUUGGAUGACCUCCUUAAGAAGAACCAGAAACUGACCCAGCAGCAGAAAGCAGGGCUCCAGCACCACCAAGACCUGAGCAUCCCAGUGCAGCGGCAGGAAGCGGAGGCUCUGCAGCGGGUGGUGGAGGCCAUCGUGGUGCAGACCCUGCCUGGUGCCACCGUCACACUGACCGGCGGCUUCCGGAGGGGGAAGUUGCAGGGUCACGACGUGGACCUGCUCAUCACUCAUCCCCAGGAGGGCCAGGAGGCGGGACUGCUGCCCAGAGUGGUGGGCUGCCUGAAGAACCAGGGUCUUAUCCUGUACCACCUGCACCAGCACAACCACUAUGGGGACAUUACCCACCUGGCACUACAAAACUCAACCAUGGAUUCCUUUGAGAGGAGUUUCUGCAUUGUCCGCCUGCUGCAGCCCCCCGGGAUCACUAGGGGAGCGGCCCAGAGGCCCUGGAAGGCUGUGAGGGUAGACCUCGUAGUCACUCCCAUCAGCCAGUUCCCCUUUGCCCUGCUUGGCUGGACUGGCUCCAAGCACUUUGAACGGGACCUGCGCUGGUUCAGCAAGAAAGAGAAGGGGCUGUGGUUAAACAGUCAUGCCCUCUUCGACCCAAAGCAGGAAACGUUUUUCCACCUGACUUCAGAAGAGGAGAUAUUCAGACAGCUGGGCUUGGAGUACAUUCCCCCUGAGCAGAGAAAUGCCUGAUCGUGCCCACCAGCACCUCCCCUACCACCAAGCCCUUGUAUGGGGGCAUCUCAGGAAGCCAGACCCCACGUGCCCCUUGGCGGUUAAAGAUAUGCUACUGUCCCUGUGUCGCCACAGGGUUCUUAGCGUCCUGGAGCGAGGCACCACUUGUCCAGCCCAGCCCAGGCCUGGAGGCUGUGUUUCUGUUGAGCAGAUGAAAGUAUUCCCUCAUUAAAGGCUUAAAGCACUGUGUUUUCUGAC